AAUAAUAUAUAUAGAGACAAUCAAUGUGAUAAUAAUAAUAUAUAUAGAGACAAUCAAUGUGAUAAUAAUAAUAUAUAUAGAGACAAUACAUAUGAUGUUAAUAAUAAUAAUAAUAAUAAUAUAUAUUUAAACCAUACAUGUAAUAAUAAUUAUAAUUGUCUAUGUGCAAAUAACCAUUAUAAACACACAAUAGAAAUUAAAAAAAAAAAAAAAAGUACUCCAAUUCUUUUAUGUAAUAACAAAAGUAAUGAUAUCCUUUAUUUUUAUAAAAGCAAAUUAAAUUAUCAUAUUAAAGAGAAAAUAAAAGAUGGAACACCCAACAUACUUUUAAAUAAAAAUAUAUAUACAAUGUAUACAUCUAUAUACAAAAAAAAGCAUAUAUAUUUUAUAAAGAAUUUACUCCUACAUAGUCACAGAAAUACAUGCAUCCUAAUGAACUCCAUACAAAAUAUUAAUAACUCUUUUAAGAAAUAUAAUGAGACAAAUAAUUUUUGUAGUAAUAUAUGUUUGGUUUUAUUAAUGUCUGGAUUUAUAACACAAGAAAUUCUAAAGAUUGCCUCACUGUAUUUAAAGCCGCACAUAAAUUACUACUUUUUCGAACUAUAA